CUCUCUGCCAACUGCCAUCAACUCCCUCACAUCUCUUUCUCUUUCACUCGGCCAAGAGAAAAUGGCAUUAACAAUGAGGAGCCACGGCACUCUUGGUGUGGCCUCCCUACUCUUCAUGGUGUUCCACAUUGCCAUCACCAGCUCGCAAGCCAGGACCGUCGCGGCCGAGACCACGGCCGUGUACGACGUCGUCUCUCUCGGGGCCAAGCCCGACGGCAUUGCGGACUCGACACUAGCCUUUGUGGCCGCGUGGCAUGCGGCUUGUGGCUCCGAGAUGCCGGCCACGAUCGGCGUGCCGCCGGGGCGGUUCCUGGUGGGAGGGGCCACCUUCAGCGGGCCGUGCAAGAACAACGCCGUCCGGUGGCACAUCGAAGGGGUGAUCACGGCUCCCGCGGACUAUAACGUGCUCGGGAAUGCCGGAACUUGGCUCUUGUUCCAGAGCGUGGACGGCAUGUCCAUCUCUGGCGGGGUCCUCGACGGGCAAGGAGCCGCCUUGUGGGCAUGCAAAGCCUCCGGCAAGAAUUGCCCCAGCGGAGCCACGACAAUUUUCUUCAGCAACUCAAGGAACAUUGCGGUGAAUAAAUUGACGUCGCUCAACAGUCAGUUGUUUCACAUUGUCAUCAACGGAUGCCAAAAUGUGAGGUUGCAAGGAGCGAAGAUUUUUGCCUCUGGCGACAGCCCGAACACGGAUGGAGUUCACGUUCAAUUGUCGUCUGGCGUCACGAUCAUGAACUCGCGAAUUGGAACAGGUGACGAUUGCAUCUCCGUCGGUGCCGGCACCACGAACCUCUGGAUCGAAAACGUCGCAUGUGGCCCGGGCCACGGAAUCAGCAUUGGGAGCCUAGGGAAGGACCUUGAGGAGUCCGGGGUUGAGAACGUGACGGUCAAGAACGUUGUGUUCGGAGGGACACAAAACGGAUUAAGAAUCAAGUCUUGGGGCAGACCCAGCACCGGAUUUGCCAAGAACAUCCUCUUCCAACAUGCGAUCAUGUCCAACGUUAAAAACCCGAUCGUCAUCGACCAAAACUACUGCCCCAACAAAAUAAAUUGUCCUGGUCAGUUUUCGGGCGUCAAAAUCAGCGACGUGACGUAUCAAGACAUUCACGGGACAUCGGCGACCGAAGUUGCCAUCAAAUUCGAUUGCAGUCCGAAGAACCCGUGCGCAGGAAUAAGAUUAGAGGACGUGAAGCUCACCUACAAGAACGAUCAACGACCGGCUCAAGCUUCCUGUGUUAAUGCCGGUGGUUUGGCCUUCGGCCUAGUCCAACCCUCCAGUUGCCUAUAAAGUAAAAUACGAAUUUAACUGGUCAAGUGUUGUAAUUUAUGUGUAGUGUAGAACUAGAAAUACGUAGUGGUGGUAGAUUACAUGUAUCUUGUGAUUAUUGCUUGAGCCUGUGGCUGUUUCCCAGCUUAAUCAUGGAAAGGCUGGUCCGAAGCCUGGCCUUGCAAUGC